AUGACUGGCAAAACCGCACCUCCAGCCAAGAAACCGGCUCUGGCAGCGGCCAAGAAAAAGGCAGUGCCAGCCCCGAAGGAAGGAGCCCCGAAGGAAGAAGCAGCCCCGAAGGAAGAAGCAGCUCCGAAGAAAGAAGCAGCCCCAGCCCCAGUUACUGAAGAACCCCCAGCCCCUGAGCAUCCCCUGGAGCAGCCCCCGGCCCCCACAGACGAAUCUGCUCCCAUCCCCAUGGAAGCUGGAGCAGAAGUGACUGCAGUGCCUGCAGAAGGUUCCUCAGUUGUCCCAGCUGAACUCCCAGCCCCAGCCCCUGAACCUAAACCAGAGAAACCAAAGGAAGAGCCACCCAGCUGCCCCUUGUCCUUGGCUGUGGAAGAAGUGACCGAAAACUCAUUCACACUGACCUGGAAAGCCCCGGAGCAGACGGGCCGGGCAGGCCUGGAUGGAUAUGUGGUAGAGAUCUGCAAAGAUGGAAGUUCAGACUGGAAAGCUGUGAACCAGGAGCCUUUUCUUUCCACCCACUACACAAUCCCAAAUCUCUGCUCUGGGGACAAGAUCCAUGUGCAGGUGGUGGCUGUCAGUGCCAGCGGAGCCAGCGUCCCGGCCACUCUGGAGCAGCCAGUGCUCAUCAGGGAGAUCCUUCAGCUCCCGAAGAUCCGCAUGCCUCGGCACCUGCGGGAGACUUACAUCAGGCGUGUAGGGGAUGCUGUGAACAUCAUGAUCCCCUUUCAGGGAAAGCCACAGCCUGAGGUGAGCUGGACAAAGGGAGGACAGCCCCUGGACACCAACCGCAUCAGCAUCCGCAACACAGCUCGGGACACCAUCUUCUACAUCCGGCAGGCCCAGCGCGGUGACUCGGGCAAGUACGAGCUCACCGUGCAGAUCAACGGAGCCAAGGACAAGGCUACCCUGGACAUCCAGGUGGUUGAGCCACCUGGCCCUCCCCAGAACCUGAAGCUGGUGGAUGUGUGGGGCUUUAAUGUGGCCCUGGAGUGGACCCCCCCCAUGGACAACGGGAACUCUGAGAUCAAGGGCUACAGGGUGCAGAAGUCAGACAAGAAGAGUGGGAAAUGGUUCACGGUGCUGGAGCGCUGCACCCGCACCAGCUGCACCAUCUCUGACCUCAUCAUUGGUAACACCUACACCUUCCGAGUGUUCUCCGAGAACAUCUGUGGGCUCAGUGACAGCGCUGCUGUAGCCUCUGGGGUGGCCUACAUCAAGAAGACAAAAACCACUUACCAGCCAGAGAAGAUCCCCCAGCGGGACAUGAUGGAGCCUCCAAAGUUCACACAGCCUCUGACAGACCGAAUGACUACACGGGGCUACAGCACUCACCUCUUCUGCUCCGUCCGGGGCUUCCCCCAGCCCAAAAUCAUCUGGUUGAAAAAUCAGAUGGAGAUCCGAGAAGAUCCCAAAUAUAUAGCACUGAUUGAUCAGGGUGUGUGCUCCCUGGAAAUCCGCAAGCCUGGCCCUUUUGAUGGGGGUGUUUACACUUGCAAGGCUGUGAACCCUCUGGGGGAAGCCUCAGUAGACUGCAGACUGGAUGUGAAAGGGUUCCAACCUGGCAACCCCAGCACCCCAGUCCUUGUGGAAGCUCCAGAGUUGCUGUGCCCAAGUGAGGGCAGAUCAGACGACAAGACAAAGAGCAAGCACAGUUUUUUAAUCCACACCAAUGAGGCAGUGAUCCAGUCAGGAGCUGUCACCUCCCCCCAGAGGGUACAGGACAUGCUGAUGUGUUAUCCAGAGGAGGGGACUUGUCCCUGUGAGCUGGUGGCUCAUGUGCAGGGAGAUGCUGGCUCUGGCCAGAGCUGGCAUGGGACAUGGCAAGGUGGGGGCAUGGGAGUCGCUGCACUGGGCAGAGGAGCCAUCAGGCAGAUGUGGGAUGAGCCAAAGCCUCACCCUCAUCACCAGCACAGCACCAUCUACACCAUGGGAAGGUUGGGAGGGUAUUCAGGACCCCUCUACUGUGAUGAGGACUAA